AAAAUGCGUGAAUUCAAAGUGGUCGUGCUGGCGGGGGGUGUGGGGAAAAGUGCACUUACUGUGCAGUUUGUCUCCGGGUGCUUCAUGGAGAAGUACGACCCGACCAUCGAGGACUUCUAUCGGAAAGAGAUCGAGGUCGAGAACACGCCGUGCGUGCUCGAGAUUUUGGACACCGCUGGCACGGAACAAUUCGCCAGUAUGCGGGACCUUUACAUCAAAAACGGCCAAGGCUUCGUGGUGGUGUACAGCCUGACGAACCACCAGACGUUCCAGGACAUCAAGACCAUGAAGGAGCUUAUCACGAGGGUGAAGGGCACGGAGCGGGUCCCCAUCCUCCUGGUGGCCAACAAGGUGGACCUGGAGCACCAAAGGGAAGUGUCUUCGGCAGAAGGCAGUCACUUGGCCCAGAUUUGGGGUUGCCCUUUUCUCGAAGCGAGUGCCAAAAGUAGGACAUACGUGAACGAUGUGUUUGCCGAGAUCGUGCGCGAAAUGAACUUUAACCCUGAAAAGGAGAAAAAAAGUUAUUGUUGUUGCACGGUGCUAUAGUGUUGUGAUGAUUAGGCAACUAAAAUUCAGCAUUUUUUGGGUGCCAGCUUAUUCUAUGAAGAACAAUGGUGUUAUCUAUGACAGUUUUUGACAGUCUUCUGUACUAGAGUACUCAGUACAGGUGCCAGCCUAAAGAGCAUGUUGCACCUGCACCUUGUGUCUGACCAAAACACUAUUGUUAUGUAUCAAGGGAAAUAAACAAAAAGCCUCUAUGUGUUUUAAUAAUUAAAUUUAAAUUUGCUAUUGUAGUGUUUUAUCUUGGCCUGUGUGGAGGAUCCAGCUCUAUCUCCACUGAAUUAAUUCUAAUUUGAGAGCUUUCAUUUUUCUAAUAUGUGUCAUUUAUUUUAUUUAAAAAUUUGUCCUAGAGGAACUGUGUUUGGCCUAGUCUGCUUUGGUUGAGCGAUGUGACAGCAUUUGUAAACCAUUGUUUGAGCAUGUUAUAUUCAGCAAUAGAUCAUAAUAUUUUGUGGGUGUAGCACAAGUAUUUUUACCACUUCGACAAAUGUAUUUUUUUACUGCUUUGUGAGACAUACUCAUGUAUGAUUCCAACCAUAGCCAUUGGUUCUGUCAGCUAGUUUGUCCUUCAUUAAAUUAAAUCUUCUAUCCAUUGCAGAGAGAGCGCUGGACCUGUCUGAUAUUUUAUUGUUUAUCUCCCUUCUCAUCUUGGCCUUGUAUGUUGUCUGUCACAGAUAUUGUAAAUAUUUGUAAAUCUGAAAUGAUCUGAAGCUCCAUUUCUGAUUGAGAUUGUUCAAUGCUACAGCUUAAGUUACCAAUAAUUUAGCCCUGCUUUCAAAGUCUGUUCAGUGAUCAGUUUUCACUGCUUCUUUUAUUGGUUGCUGUGUUAUUUUAGUGGAUGCAGGGUGCGGUGACCAUAAAUGUUUAGAGUAAGGUGCUGUUUCUAGAUCAAAACAGACCACUUGGCUAAGUUUUAGGCCUAAUCUGAUGUACUUUCAUUUUGUACAUUGUUAGAUUCUGAUGACAUAUCUGAAUGUAGCCAUGUUUAUCAGGUCAAGCAUUCUAGAAGGCUGCAGGUUGACUGGACACGUGCUGACUUUAUUUCAAUAGAUAUCAGAAAGAUCCUCUGGUCAAAUAUAAAACGUAUAUUUGCUAUUGGUGCAACAAAUUGUUUUUUAUACAUACAAAAUCUAGGUGUUUUAGGGUACUACUAUAUAUUUUUUUAAUUGCCAAUGUGAAAGACUUACAAUUUAGCAUUGUGUGAUGUGUAAUUACUGGAAUUUUUGGGUGAUGGCUUGUCUAAAGCCCAUGCAUGGCUCUUUCCUAAACUGUACCAGCUGAUAGGGAAAAGAAUUUGAAAAACUGUGAUUGCCCUGUUAAUCUGUGUGAUCAGAUUGUCUCAGGAAUAAUGUUGAAAUUGUCAAAAUUUUUGUAUGUACUUUUAUGCUGGAUGUGUGUGUGGAUUGUAAAUUUGAAUUUCACAUUGCACCACUAAUUAAAAUCUAAUUUGAACUAUAUGUAAUAAGUAAUAAAGAUUGAAGUCUUAUUCUAAAGCCAUCACCCAUAUCAAAACUUUCAUCCUAAAUUCAUUGGAAGGAAACUUUUGUGCAUCCAUCCAGCCCCUUGGACCUGCAUUUCAUGUUGCAUUUUGUUUCAUUUCGUUCUGUUUUUUUUUUUUUUUUAAUAUUAUGUUACUUUGUUUUGAUCAAUUAUGAACAAUGUCCAGUUCCACUUAGGUCAUUUACAAUACUCCAAGAGCUACUGAUAGUCAUUUUAUUCUAGUUCAACAAUUCCAAUGCACAGACACAAAUUUACUUCCCAGAUCAGUGGUGGGAAUCAGUUAGGCAUUCAAAUUUUGUGCCAAACACUCAAUCAUAGUUUGAGUACAUUGUCUGUUUUACUUGGGACAUUUAUGUCUUAUGAAUGUGAUUUAUGUGUACUACUCACAGUAUUAUAUAACACUAAAUUCCAGCUUAGCCUAUGGAAAAGUUUAGGGUGUGCAUUAUUACAGUUGGAUUGAUUCUAGAGUUUGCUCAAAAUCACUCUUUUAAGUCUCUUUUGUUUGGGCUUCUAUUACUCUGUCCUGCAUUGGAAGGUGUUACAUGUAGUACCAGAGUGUUGCUCUGCUCCGGUGCUGCUACUUUUAAGUAUACAGUGUGGCAGAAUUAUGUAGUAGAGAUGAAGAGUUAAGUGGGACUUGUGACACUGCUGACGUGUUGGUGCUUUGUUUCUCCCUUUCCUUUGUUUUGUUAAUUCUUUUUUUUUUUUUAGAAAAUUUUUACUGUUAUGUUAAAUAGAAAGAGUUGUAAAGUACAGUUCUGAGUGUAAUAUUUUUUACUAUUAGUGAUGCAUAUGUGUGAAUGUGUACAUAUGAUACAAUAGUUAAUUUUGUGUAAGCCGAGAAGAUUUUUAACUGGUUAUCUAACAGUGACCUAUUGAAUAGUGUUUUUAUACAGUGUCAAUUUUAUAAGAAAUCCAUUGCUGAAUAUGGAUUAGUGAUUUUUCUUUCAAUGUAUCGCAUGUAACAGCAGAGCCUACAGUGAUGUGCUAAUGUACCAACUUGUGUGUUAAUCUGGGAGUGAAUGAGUGAAAUGGGAUCAAGACAGUUGUGGUGGAUAAGUUUCCUGAGUAUCAACUUUGGAUAUCAUAUCAUCAAAUCAGUGGAUUGUCACUUUAUCAGGUAUGCCUUCUUUUUUUUUCAAUUUUUGUUGUUGUUGCGAAUGAAUGGUUUGUGACUUUUUUUACAUAGUAAAUAAUGAGAAUGAAAGAAGAGUUCAUGUCCAUUAUACUCACAGUGUAGCCAACUAUGAUGGCUGUGUAGAGUGUCCAAAGCUUUGUUCCAUGUACAUAUUUUUCAGAGGGAAUAAAGUUUUCCAUCUGUACAAUUA